GUCAGACUCGUUAGAUUUAUCCAAAGAUUUCCUUCUUUCUUCCUCUUUUAAAUAUCCAUCAAUUGUGUACUUUUAUUGAAUAAUCCUGGAAAAUACCCGAUAUUCGCCAUAAUGAUCUCCCUUUCAACCAUAAUCUCAUCUAUCAACAACGUAUAGACAGCUAUUUAAUCAUGAAAACCUCGAAUGAAAGCUCAGACCUCAACCUGAGAGAUGCUCAGGUCCCCGAUUUCCCACAUAAUACGUUCGACUUUUCCGCCGAGCAACUCAGCGAGCUCAUAGAGUUGAGAAGUUUGGAAGCUUUUCACACGUUAGGAGGUCUUGCCGGGCUGGAGAAAGGGCUUCGAACCGACCGAAAUAGUGGGUUGAGUGCCGAUGAAUCAGUGAUUGCUAAUGGUUUUCCAUUGACAAAGGAGACCAUAACCGAGGACCAUCACGGCCUCUUUACAGACAGGCGAAGGAUGUUCGGGAAUAAUCAUCUCCCUGUGAAGAAGCAGCCGAACAUCUUCAAGCUUAUGUGGAUGGCAUACAAUGACCAUGUUUUAUUUAUUUUAACUGGGGCGGCGAUUGUCUCUUUGGCUCUCGGUCUAUACCAGGCGCUUGCGACCAAACAUUCAGCCCGCAAUCCGCCAGUUGAAUGGGUGGAAGGGGUCUCCAUUAUUGUCGCUAUCAUUGUCAUUGUCAUUGUCGGUGCCGCGAACGAUUAUCAGAAACAGAUCAAAUUUCAAAGGUUGAAUAAGAAGAAACUAGAUCGCAAGGUGACUGUCAUCCGCUCCGGUCACUUUCGGGAGGUUCCUAUCUCGGACGUAUUUGUGGGAGAUGUUGUGCACGUUGAACCAGGGGAUGUGAUACCAGCAGAUGGGAUCUUAAUCCAGGGAUAUCAUAUCAGAUGCGACGAGGCGUCAGCCACUGGUGAAUCCGAUCUACUACAUAAACAUUCCGGGGAUGAAGCUUUUGACGCGGUCCGGGGCACUAGUGAUCCUCGAGAUUUAGACCCCUUCAUGAUAUCAGGCUCGAGUGUGGCCGAAGGAGUGGGGUCCUUCCUGGUGGUUGCAACGGGCACCAAAUCCAGCUAUGGCAAGAUUCUUGUCACGCUCAAUGACGAUCCUGGAUUUACGCCCCUACAAACACGACUCAAUGUGUUGGCAAAGUAUAUUGCAAAUUUCGGUGGCCUUGCGGCUCUCGUACUAUUCGCCAUCUUGUUCAUUAAGUUCCUCGCAACUCUUCCUCAUAGUAGUAAGACAUCGGCGGAAAAGGGCCAACAAUUUCUAGAUAUCUUCAUCAUUUCCCUUACUGUCGUGGUGAUUGCCGUCCCGGAGGGUCUCCCGCUCACAGUGACUCUUGCCCUAGCUUUUGCAACUACAAGGAUGCUAAAAGACCAUAAUUUAGUUCGCCGGUUAAGGGCCUGUGAGACCAUGGGGAAUGCGACAGAUAUAUGUUCAGAUAAGACCGGAACACUGACCCAGAAUAACAUGAGGAUCGUCGCUGGAGUGCUUGGUACUGCCGGCAAGUUUGUUGAUCCGCAACAUUGUACCGAUCCAUCUAUAAGUCCAACUAUCAGCGGCUACACCCGGUGCCUUGCGCCCGAUAUGAGGUCUCUUCUUAGACAGUCGAUUUCCGUCAAUUCUACUGCAUUUGAAAGCGAUGAAGACGGAGUCAAGUCAUAUGUGGGAUCUAAAACGGAAGCUGCCCUCCUAGCAUUUGCUCGAGAUCACUUGGGAAUGGAUGUACUUGAUGUUGAGCGCUCCAACACAAAUAUCGUAGAAGCCUUUCCGUUCGAAAAUUCUCAGCAAUGCAUGGUUACAGUCGCUCAAUUGGAGGAGGGCAGAUAUCGCGCGUAUGUCAAAGGGGCACCAGAGGUACUGCUCGGCAAGUGUACGAAAGCCAUCGAAGACCCAACUAAAGGGCUUGCUACAAGACCAAUCAAUGAAGAUAUAACCCAGGGCUUGCAUCAGAUAAUUGCCGACUAUGCUAGACAGUCUUUGAGAACAAUUAUUAUUUUGUUCCGCGAUUUUGAGGCAUGGCCUCCUUGGUCUCAAAAGGGGGAUGGACUGGAAGAGAUAAGAAUAGAUAAGAUUCUGCAGGAUCUUACGUUUCUCAGCAUCAUGGGUAUCCGAGAUCCUCUCCGCAAUGGUGCUCGGGAUGCCGUACAGUCUUGCCACAGAGCGGGUGUGACCGUUCGCAUCGUGACUGGCGAUAAUCUACUAACAGCGAAAGCCAUCGCGGAGGAGUGUGGCAUUCUCACCCACCCGAAAGAUAUCGUGAUGGAAGGCAGAGAGUUUCGACAACUUGAUGAUUCGCAACAGCUGAAUGUCAUACCGCGUCUCAAGGUCUUAGCGAGAUCCAGCCCGGAAGACAAAAGGACAUUGGUUCAUAGGCUGAAAGAGAUGGGGAGAACUGUUGCUGUAACUGGUGACGGAACGAACGACGCUCCCGCUCUUACCGCGGCGGACGUUGGCUUCUCCAUGGGCAUUUCCGGAACUGAAGUCGCACGCGAAGCCUCCUCCAUUGUACUUAUGGAUGACAACUUUACCUCCAUCGUGAAGGCAAUCAUGUGGGGACGAGCUGUUACAGACGCUGUGAAGAAGUUUCUGCAGGUAAGUCAGUCACUUCAUUAGUAACAAUUGGGUCCCUAAGCAUACAUACUCUACAGUUCCAAAUCACCAUCACAUUCACCUCUGUCGGGCUCGCAUUCGUCUCAUCUGUAGCUAGCUCCAAUGAACAGUCGGUUCUAACCGCCGUGCAGCUCAUGUGGGUGAAUCUAUUUCAAGACACGUUGGCAGCUCUGGCAUUAGCAACCGACCCUCCAUCGCGCAAAGCCCUAGACAGGAAACCGGAACUCAGAUCUGCUCCUCUCAUAACUAUCCCAAUGUGGAAAAUGAUCAUAGGGCAAUCUAUUUAUCAGCUGGCAGUUACCCUUGUCCUUCACUUCGCUGGCAGCAGCAUCUUCUCCUAUACACCUGACGAUAAGGAUGGACUGCAAACCGCGGUAUUUAAUACAUAUGUCUGGAUGCAAAUCUUCAACAUGUACAAGUGAGUACCAGUCUACCCCGGUAUCAACGCAAAACUUCACCUACCCUUUCUCGAUCUCUAUUUUUCAACCCCAAGCCCCGCCCCUCAAGUUAACCUCCGAGAUUUAACCCAAAACACGCUUGACGCAAGUCUAAUCAAACUACAGUAACCGCCAAUUAGACAAUAACA